GAAAGAAGAGGAAGACGUUACAGUGAAAGAAGAGGCGUUCAGAGUGAAAGAGGAGGAGGGUGUUACAGUUAAAGAUGAGGAGGAUUCAGUUUUUGAAGUGAAAGCGGAGGAGGGGGAGAAUACGGUCUCAUCGGAAGAAGAGGAGGAAACUGGAUAUCUGGGCCCGAUUUCCCAAACGCAAUUUAAGGCAUCCAGUGGUUCUAAAGAUGAACUUAGCCAUAAGAUGGUUUUGAGAAACCGGGCCGUGAUUACCACUGGAGAGAUACGGGACUAUCGUGGAUCCUCUGGGGAGCCUCAACAACCUCAUGAUGCUGACGAGGCAGAGAAGAGUCUCUCCAGAUCAGAACGCCUCAAACACCUGCAGAGAUCCACAGGGAAGAGAACUCACUGCUGCUCUGACUGUGGGAAGAGAUUCACCUCAUCAGGCAUUAGAAGUCAUCAGAGAACACACACAGGAGAGAAAUCUUAUAGCUGUGAUCAAUGUGGGAAGAGUUUUACUACUUCUGGCUCUCUGACAGUACACCAGAGAAUACACACAGGAGAUAAACCUUAUAGCUGUGUUCAAUGUGGGAAGAGUUUUACUACAUCUAGCAAUCUGACUAUACACCAGAGAACACACACAGGAGAGAAACCUUAUAGCUGUGAUCAAUGUGGGAAGAGUUUUACUACUUCUGGCUAUCUGACAGUGCACCAGAGAACACACACAGGAGAGAAACCUUAUAGCUGUGAUCAAUGUGGGAAGAGUUUUUGUCAAUCUAGUGAUCUGACAGUGCACCAGAGAACACACACAGGAGAGAAACCGUAUAGCUGUGAUCAAUGUGGGAAGAGUUUUACUACAUCUGGCUAUCUGACAGUGCACCAGAGAACACACACAGGAGAGAAACCUUAUAGCUGUGAUCAAUGUGGGAAGAGUUUUACUACUUCUGGCUAUCUGACUUUACACCAGAGAACACACACAGGAGAUGAACUUUAUAGCUGUGAUCAAUGUGGGAAGAGUUUUGUUAAAUCUGACCAGCUCACAGUACACCAGAGAAUACACACAGGAGAGAAACCCUUUAGCUGUGGUCAAUGUGGGAAGAGUUUUACUACAUCUGGCUCUCUGACUGUACACCAGAGAACACACACAGGAGAGAAACCUUAUAGCUGUGAUCAAUGUGGUAAGAGUUUUGGUCAAUCUAGCCAGCUGACUGCACACCAGAGAACACACACAGGAGAGAAACCUUAUAGCUGUGGUCAAUGUGGGAAGAGUUUUACUGCAUCUAGCCAGCUGACAUUACACCAGAGAACACACACAGGAGAGAAAGCUUAUAGCUGUGAUCAAUGUGGGAAGAGAUACUCUGGUAAAAGAUCUCUGAUCAAACAUCAGAAAAUACAUGGAGUUUUUUCAUGAUAAUAAUUAAAUAAUGUCACAAUGUA